AUGGCUUUGUACUCAGAAGUUACCUUGAAUGUUUGUUUGGGCAAGCAAAUUACUGGUGGGGAGUUGUAUUUUCGAGGUGUUCAAUUUGAUAAUCAUGUGAAUUUGGAGACACUCUUAGAGGUGUUUGAUCAAUGGUCCAUCGUGGUAUCUUGCAUUCUACAUAUUGAUAAGCCCCUUCUUGACACUGAGGACCAAAGCCAAGUUUGUCUUUGCAAGCCCAGGAAAAUCUGCAGACACCCUUUUCAAUUAAAAUUUGACGUGUCCUGUAGGUACAUUUCUGAUGAGCAUGUUCCUAGCCAAUAUGGAGGUUUGAGUGUGGAUUAUUGUGAUUGCAACCCAGAAUUCACGAUUGCUGAUCCAGUCUCUGAAGUAACCGUCAAAGCGGGGAUGAAGAAGACUCUGGAAAUUAUAAUUUAUGAGGUGGAAGAAACUCCAUACAAAAGAUUGUGUAGCACAAAGAACAUCUUGACUGUAAAUGGUCAGUUUCCCGGACCGACUUUGUACGCUCGCAAAGGAGACACCGUCAUCGUCGAUGUCUUUAACAGGGGCAAUCGUAACAUUACUCUCCACUGGCAUGGUGUUGACCAACCAAGGAAUCCAUGGUCGGACGGACCAGAGUAUAUCACGCAGUGCCCGAUUCAACCAGGAGCCAAUUUCACCCAAAAAAUCAUUUUUUCCGAGGAGGAAGGCACUCUUUGGUGGCAUGCUCACAGUGAGUGGGAUCGAGCCACUGUACAUGGUGCCAUCAUCAUAUACCCCAACAAGGACAACAAUUACCCUUUUGCCAAGCCUCAUGCAGAAAUCCCGAUCAUAUUGGGAGAGUGGUGGAAGGAAGAUAUAGGGAAGCUUUAUACUCAAACUCUUCAAUCCGGAGGGGACCCUAAUAAUUCCUCCGCUUUCCUCAUUAACGGUCAACCCGGCCAUCGGUAUCCAUGCUCUGAAUCAGAGACAUUCAAUCUGAUAGUUGAUUAUGGCAAAACCUACCUACUGAGGCUAAUCAAUUCCGUUGUGCAAGAGAUUAUGUUUUUCUCCAUCGCCAAUCACAAAGUCACAGUUGUAGGGGCAGAUGCUAGCUACACCAAGCCUUUCACAACCGAUUAUGUCACAAUCUCACCUGGUCAAACCCUUGACCUUUUGCUCACUGCUAAUCAGAAGCCUAACCACUACUACAUGGCCGCUAAAGCCUAUGUAGGUGGUGUUGGGGUUCCUUAUGAUAACACCACCUCCACAGCCCUACUGCAAUACUCAAAUCGCGGGUUAAAAAAUUACACAUACACCCCUUCUCCAACCCCUUCGUUUCCUACUCUUCCUGCCUACAAUGACACUAAUGCAUCGGUUAAUUUUUCCGGCAGUCUCAGAAGCUUAGCUGAUAAGAACCACCCCAUUGAUGUUCCACUUAAAAUUACAACUCACUUGUUUUACACAGUCUCCGUCAACUCGUUUCCCUGCCCGAAUAAUUCCUGCGGCGGGCCUAAUGGGACACGUUUCGCCGCUAGCGUGAACAACAUCAGCUUUGUGGACCCUAGCAUUGACAUACUACAAGCUUACUAUUAUCAUGUCAACGGGGAAUUUGGAACUCGCUUUCCAGAUUUCCCGCCCUCGCUGUUUAAUUUUACGGCGCAGGACUUGCCGCUGUACCUUCAGACUCCGAAACGAGGGACGGAGGUGAAGGUAUUGGAGUACAACACCACGGUGGAGCUUGUGUUUCAAGGGACUAAUUUGGUGUCAGGGGAUGACCAUCCAAUGCAUCUGCAUGGUUACAGUUUCUAUGUUGUUGGAAUGGGGCUUGGGAACUUUGACAAGGAUAAGGACCCUUUGAAAUAUAAUCUUGUCGAUCCUCCUCUUCGGAACACCGUUAUCGUCCCUGUAAAUGGGUGGACUACCAUUAGAUUCAAGGCCAACAACCCUGGAGUUUGGUUUAUGCACUGCCAUCUGGAUAGGCAUAUGUCGUGGGGCAUGGACGUGACAUUCAUAGUGAAAAAUGGAAAGGGCCCUCAAGCACAAAUGUUACCUCCACCACCGGAUAUGCCACCAUGUUAAAGCUACCUCCUAGCUAGCCCUCCAUCUAAUAUUUGAUUCCAUUUAAUAAUGGGGGAAGAAGGAUUGUGAUCAUAUUUGUAAUAAUAGAGAAAUUAUGCUGAAUAUAUAUUACUGUUGUAAUGUAAAUUAUUUACAUUUAAAUUUAGAUCAAACGGUAGUUGAGCAUAAUUCACUUGAUCAGUAAACUGACCAUGUGAACAUGAUUGUAAUUUGUGAUAAGUAUUGGCCUCCUCUUAUAUGUUCUAAUUAAGAAGUAAAAUAUAUAAUGGGGCUUGGUAUCUAAACUUGUAAUUUGUUUCAUAGUUAAGUUAUCUUGGAACAUGGCAGUGCUAGUUGAUUU